AUGCAUCUCACCAAGGCUUUCUCUGUUGGUGCGUCCAUUCUCGGUGUUGUUGAAGCCUCUCCUAGCCGCGCUCGUGCCUUUACCAAAAAACAUGCCACCAGCUCGGAGGAGUAUGACUUUGUUAUCGUUGGUGGUGGUACCGCCGGUCUGACUGUUGCCCACCGAGUAUCGGCCGCCUUUCCGCAGAAGUCCGUAUUCGUGAUCGACUUUGGCAAGAUUGAGGGGACUGUUGGCUACUUCGACCCGCCCGAGGAUGGCCGUGGUGCCAGCCGCCUCGUCAUAAACUCCCCUCCCGUUGCCAGUGUUAACAAUCGCUCUGCUACCGUCGUCCUAGGCAUGACUGUUGGUGGGGGAUCCGCCGUCAAUGGUCAGUUUUUGGAUCGUGGCUCUAGGUACGAUUAUGAUGAGUGGACGCGACUUGGAAGCCCCGAAUUUGAUAACACCACCGACAUCUGGGACGGGGAGAACUUUUGGCCCGCUUUCAGCAAGGCGAGUGCUUCCUUAUUCCUUACCGAGCCUAACGACGGGCUUGUAGAAGAGUACGGCUACACCUGGGAUACCUCCUAUUAUACCGGUGACUCCAUUCAAGCCUCUUUCCCACCCUUCCAGUGGCCUGUCCAAAGCGUCGGGUGGAAGGCGUACGAGGAGCUCGGUCUCGAGACCCCCGUUAGCUCCGAUGAUGGGAACAAGCAUGGUAUCUGCUGGGUUCCCACGGCCCAGAACUCUGAAGCCGUCGAACGAUCCCACGCUGGUGUCGGUCACUAUACCAGGAUCGCUGAUUCCCUCCCUAACCUCCACCUCCUUGUUGAGCACAAAGUUACGCGCCUCAUUAUCGACAAGGACAGUGAUGCACCACCCGCUGUCGAGUUUCGACCCGUUGCUGGCGGCGAAAUUGAGACCAUCCGCCCCAAGCAUGAAGUUAUAUUGUCGGCCGGUGCCAUCCACACACCUCAGAUCCUCCAGCGCAGCGGCGUAGCCUCUGCCGAGUACCUCAAGUCCGAGGGCAUUGAUCUUGGUGAGGAUCUUCCUGGUGUUGGCCAGAAUUUCCAGGAUCACUGCGGCACCCCCCUGACCUGGUCUUAUGAUGAGCCCUCACCCAGCGAGGCAGACAUCACUAACAACGCAACGUACGCUGCAGAGGCUGUCGCGCAGUUCCGCGAGCGCCCUGCCUACGUUGCCCUGCAGCACUGGGAGCAGAUCGUCGCUAACAUCCGCGCCCAGAUCGAGGACCGCUCUGCCCUCGGCCAUCUCCCUGCCACGACUGCCGAGUCUAUCCAGGAGGGCUACCUCGCGCAGCUCGAGAUCAUUGCCAAGGCUCUCGAGCACGUUGAACACCCCAUCCUUGAGAUACCCUUCCAUACUGGCCCUGCAAUCGCCUUCCUCCUCAAGCCUCUCAGCCGUGGCUCCGGCGUCUUGAACUCUGAUGACCACGAUGCCACUCCCAUCGUCAACUACGCCACCGGCGUCAACCCCAUCGACCUCGAGAUCAUGGCCACCUACGUCGACUACUUCCGCCGUAUCUACACCACCGAUACGUGGCAGGAGCUCGGUGCCGUCGAGGUCGCGCCCGGCGCGAAUGUGACUACUCACGACGCUCUUAUUGAGUACGUCAAGGACAACGUCGUCCAGUCACUCAUGCACCCUUGCUGCACGGCUGCCAUGCUUCCACGCGAGAAGGGCGGCGUCGUGGACUCAAGUCUCUCAGUCUACACCAUCUAUGGUCUUCGCGUUGCUGACUGCUCUAUCAUUCCCACCAUCCCGGCCGCACAUACUACCACCACGGCGUAUGCUAUUGGCGAGAAGGCUGCCGAGAUUAUUAUCAAGAAGUGGAAGGAUAACUCUACUGUUUAA